AUGUCGGUAAUUCAAUGUACGAAUUCUACAGUGUCAUUUGGCAGCAAUUGUGAAAGAUUUACCCCAAAAGGACUUCACCCUAACCUUUUAAAGACGUCAACUUCAUUUUUAUUUCAACAUAAUCUCAAUAACUUGAAAAUUUUAAAGUCUUCUCAAGGCAAUCCCGGACCAGGCCAUUAUGAUUGUGACGGAGGUGGCGAUUUUAGUGAGAAGUCAAUCCGCGAAAGACUAAAAAUAGGCAAAGAUUCUUGGAAAAAACAGUUGCAACUGGAAACUUGGUCAUCGAAACCACAUUACAUGCAUAAAGCUCAAUGGCUGAAGAACAAAUCGCUGCCAAAAAAGUUGGGUCCCGGGACAUAUUUUAAAGACGAUUCGUUCCUCAAAUCGUCGGCAGAUGCCAGAGCAAAAACAAAUUUUUCCAAACACGGAAUGCUAGGAAUGAAGGAAGAAAGAUUUAAUAAAGGAAUGCAACCAAAGAGUGACGCUCCAGGUCCAGGGUGGUACGGAGUCAUAGGAUUAGAGGAUAAAAAUAAAAAAUCUUUCAGUGUUUUUGGUACCUUCACGAGGGCCUCGACGGAUGGGGAUUUAAAAAAACUGACCAAUCAAACGCCAGGACCUGGCUCCUAUGACGUCACAGGAAGUAUUCAGCAUCUGCUAGAUAAAAAAAUCUCGCCACUGGGACCAGGAUGCUAUGAUGUGAAAACCAGUGGCGACAAUAAAUUAAAUUGUAACAACUUCGGCAAGUUCAGCCAAUUGACUUUCGUAUGGGCGUCCCUAUGCUUAUUUCUAGUCUUGAGAUCCGCUCUGAACUUCGCAAACGAUUUAGAAGUUUUCAGAGAAGGAGGGCCUGGUCACUAUGACGUCAUCACACCUACCGCUACUCGUACGACGGGGGUGAAAAAUAAUUCGGUACCAUUCUUAACGUCAUCUGUCAGAAAUGGCGGAUCGUCGUUUCUUUCUGGGAAUUAUAAUAAUAACUCUGUUGGGCCAGGUCGAUAUAAUCAUCAAAAAUUCAAAAUGAAAUCAGAAAAUGGGCAUGAAAGCUGCUUCCGAUCAAAUAUCACCAUCCCUGAGCACGAAGCUGCCGAGCUGAUGAAGGAAAGGUUAAGAAUAAGACCAAAUGCUUUUCCACAAUCCAUUCUUCCUUCAAGAGCCAAACCACAGAUCUUUGUUGGAUCGAGUUUCCCCGAAAAAGGAAUUAUUCGCUGA